ACCAUUUUUCGUUUGACCCGAAGCAAAAUGGAACCUACUUUUGACGCGGAGCUCCAGCAGCUCCAGCUGAGCGAUGACGCCGGACUGCGCAUUAUCGACCUGCCUGGGACGCUGCUGGACCAGAGCUACCUGGUCCAGAUCUGGCUGCUGAGCAACUGCAUCUUCGUGUGGAUGGGAUCGGCGACCGACAAACCUCGUCUCGGAUCGCUGUCGACGGCCAUCGCCACACGCUACAGCCCCAUGCCUCUCAUCACGUCCAUUGUGGGGGCCCCGGAGAUGGAGGAGCAACAGAUUGCUCAGAGACUUGCAAGACGCACUGGCCGACAGUGCUUUGUGUCGUGCCAACUUCCCGACCAUAUUCCUGAGCUCUUUGCGUACGUGGAGAAGCAGAUUAACAAGCGGUUGACGGAGGAAGGCGUCGUAAUAAAGAGCUGAAGAGAGUCCAACUAGUUCGUAGUGGAUGAAUUCGAGAUAUUCAAGGCUGCUGGUACUGAGCACGUGAGUGACGACAUUUGUAAACCGCUAGUAGCGGUCCGCUACACGGCAUUUUUGAAUAAGAUAGCUAGUCUUGCUUAUCAUCAAGCACCGUCCUAGGACGAGCUAAGCUUUUUCAAGAUCAACCAUGUAUGAAUUCUUCGCUUGA